CGGCAGUGUGAGGGGAAGAAGAAAGCGCCUGCUUGUACAUGACAUCUUGUCACACACACCGAACUGAGUUUCCUCCCUCCGGCCUGGGAUGUGAAUGAAGCCGCCAAAACAGCAGCCGCCGCAGCUUCCUCCCCUUCCUCCUCCUUCUCCCCUCGGCGCGCUCACACACAGAGGAGGGGGAAUCCCCGAGCACCGGAGAGGAGGAGGCGCUCUGCCCGUACAAGCAGGCCUCUAGGCCCCCCCCUUAGCCGCUUCCUGGUUACCAGCUGCCGUUGUCAGGGAGGGAGGAGAAGGGGGUUACGGCGGAGGGUCAAAGGGGAAAGGUCACCCACCCAGCAUCCUCCGGGUUGGAAACACAGCCAUCUUGCUUCUGCGAGACAAGAAAAUUCAUGCGGUGACAUACAGCAUGUUUGGUGCUUCAAGAAAGAAGUUUGUAGAAGGAGUCGAAAGUGACUACCAUGACGAGAAUAUGUAUUAUAGCCAGUCAUCAAUGUUUCCGCAUCGAUCGGAAAAAGAUAUGCUGGCGUCUCCAUCACCAUCCGCGUCGGGUCAGCUGUCCCAAUUUGGGGCUAGUUUAUACGGGCAACAAAGUGCACUAGGCCUUCCAAUGAGGGGGAUGAGCAACAAUACUCCUCAGCUAAAUCGCAGCUUAUCACAAGGCACUCAGUUACCAAACCAUGUAACGCCAACAACAGGGGUACCAACAAUGUCACUUCAUACGCCACCAUCUCCGAGCAGGGGCAUUUUGCCGAUGAAUCCCAGGAAUAUGAUGAACCACUCCCAGGUUGGACAGGGCAUUGGAAUGCCAAGCAGGACAAAUAAUAUGAGCAGUUCAGGGUUAGGCAGUCCAAACAGAAGCUCCCCCAGCAUAAUAUGUAUGCCAAAGCAACCACCAUCCCGACAACCUUUUACUGUGAACAGUAUGUCUGGGUUCGGUAUGAACAGAAAUCAGGCGUUCGGUCUGAACAAUUCUUUAUCGAGUAACAUUUUUAAUGGGACAGAUGGAAGUGAAAAUGUGACGGGAUUGGACCUUUCAGAUUUCCCAGCAUUAGCGGAUAGAAAUAGGAGGGAAGGAAGUGGCAACCCAACUCCUUUAAUAAACCCUUUGGCUGGAAGGGCUCCCUAUGUUGGCAUGGUAACAAAACCAGCAAAUGAGCAGUCCCAGGACUUCUCAAUACACAACGAGGAUUUCCCUGCAUUACCAGGCUCCAGCUAUAAAGAUCCUACAUCGAGCAAUGAUGAGAAAUCUAAUUUAAAUACGCCAGGAAAAACUGCCUCAAGUACAGAUGGACCCAAAUUUCCAGGAGAUAAAAGCUCCACGACGCAAAAUAAUAACCAGCAGAAAAAAGGGAUUCAGGUUUUACCUGAUGGCCGAGUUACCAACAUUCCUCAAGGUAUGGUGACAGAUCAGUUUGGCAUGAUUGGCUUGUUAACGUUCAUCAGGGCAGCUGAAACAGACCCAGGGAUGGUACAUCUUGCAUUAGGAAGUGACUUGACAACACUAGGCCUCAAUCUCAACUCUCCAGAGAAUCUUUAUCCGAAGUUUGCAUCGCCGUGGGCAUCCUCGCCUUGUCGACCACAAGAUAUCGAUUUCCAUGUCCCGUCAGAGUACUUAACGAACAUUCACAUUAGGGAUAAGUUGGCUGCAAUAAAACUUGGCCGAUAUGGAGAAGAUCUUCUUUUCUAUCUUUAUUACAUGAAUGGAGGGGAUGUUUUACAGCUUUUAGCCGCAGUCGAGCUUUUCAACAGAGACUGGAGAUACCACAAAGAAGAACGGGUAUGGAUAACCAGGGCACCUGGAAUGGAACCAACAAUGAAAACAAACACCUACGAGAGGGGAACAUAUUACUUCUUUGACUGUCUUAACUGGAGGAAAGUUGCAAAGUCUGAGCUCUGCUGUACAGGGGAUUGCAAGAGGCUGAUACCAAGUCAAAUUCAGGAGUUCCACUUGGAAUACGACAAGCUAGAAGAAAGGCCUCAUCUGCCAUCCACCUUCAAUUACAAUCCUGCUCAGCAAGCCUUCUAAAGACUUCCCUGUUCAUGGGGUAUGGCUGUCUCAGCACAAUACUCAACUGCAGAACUGAUGUGGCUCAGGCAUCCUGGUUUUAAUUCCUUGAGGAUCUGGCAAUUGUCUCAUGCAAAGGGAUCAUCACUUGAGGUCCUGCCUUACUAAUUAUGUGCUGCCCAACAACUAGAAUUGUCAUUUGUUUCUUUAGUUUGAGCAGGGUCUGUAUUUUUUUUUUUUUCCUCUUUUUGUUUUUGUUUUCAUUUUAUGCCAGCAGACAGACCUAGGUCUGUUCACCGUACACACCAGUACAAGUUUACCACUUUUCCAAAAUGUACAAAGGAAGAGAGAGAGAGAGAGGGG